CUCCUCCCUCCCGCGGUCGUCAGUGUGGAUCAUGUUAGUACUGCAGUAUUCAAACAUUUCGCGUCCGUCUUGCCCCGAAUCCCUCUCACGUUGAGCGGAUUUUGUUGAUUGCUGCUGCAUCUUGAUGCAUCUGUGACGCAGCUGACGAAAUUUCGGGACUGAUUUGACCCGUUUUGGCCCAUUUUGGGGUCGCAGACAGAGAUGGAGACGAAGGGGGUGGAGGACUCUUAGAGGCGGAACGCGUGCGAACGAAUUAAAGGGCCGUGUGGUGUGGUUUAUAUCGCAGUUGCGCGUUUCAAUUGUUCUUACGGAUUCAAGUCUGGUGCAAUCUGCUCUGUGAAGACGCUAACGAGUUUUUACUGGUUUUUACUGGUGUAAGAAAAUCGACAUGGCUCCCUGGGAUGCCACCGCCGCGGAUGCCAGGACUGGCGUAGGAGCCGAGAAAGCUUUUUCGUUCUUGUCCAAGAGCAUUUCUGAAGUGCAGAAAUCUGCCGAAUCCGACAUAAUGCUCAUCAAAGCCCGUGUGAAGUCUUUCAAGAACCUAUCUGAGGCGCUCGACAAAGAAUGGGAAAGUUUGAAGAUUCCUGCAGUGAACAAUCUGAAAAAUUCCGGAAAGAUCUUGAGGAUGAUGACGGACACUAGCAAACGAACUGCAGGAACUACAAUAUCUUCUGCAGCCGAUUUCGGUUUUCUGAAAAGCCUUAAGCCAACCUUAUCUGAAUUCCACGGCUUUUUUACUGAUUCUGAAUUUCAGAGCCAAUAUCGAGACGACUCCACGGGAAUGGAUCUCCGGCUUCGGACGUCACCGUUUUCGAAAGACGUGGAUUCUGGGCUUGAUUUGUUCUCUCGGAAUGCACGAGACGGGCUUCAAAAUGGGCGGCCUUCUUCUCGAAAGAUUACUGAUAGGAGAAUGGUGGUUAGAGAUCGGCAGAAAGGAUCAAAGAGGAAGAAAUCAAAUAGAAAACUAAAACCAGCGUCUGUAGACGACUGGAUGGACGAUUGGGAACCUUUUCGGCGUGUGAAGGAAAGUGUGAAGGAGAGUUUGCAAGAGCUGGAAAGCACUGCUGCUACAAGCAAGACGCCUUCUGAGUUUUUUGAGAAUGUUAAGAACACAGAAUUCUAUGAGAAUGUGAAGAAGAACUUGAAAUUGUCAUCGAGCGCAGACACAAGUAAGGAGCAAUAUGGGUUGAAUGUAGCGCCUUUGGAUGUGCCAGAGUUGCUGGAGAAUUUAGUCAGGCAGUCUGAACCUCUGCUUGAUCAUCUUGGUGUCAAGAAAGAUGUCUCAGAGAAAGUUCGUGAUCUUAUAAGAAGUUGCAAGAGAGAAGAUCAACAGCUAUUUCGUCCAGCGUCCAAAAUGAGAAAGGAUUCUACUAAAAAUCAAGACAAUCUGGAUCUGCGCAUAGCUAGUGUUUGUCAAAGUACAGGCUACAGAUACAAAGGGGGUCUAUGGAGUGAUCACGAGGAUGCGAAGGAUUCUCAUGAUCAAGAUUGUCGUCGUAACAUAGCAAUUGUCACCACUGCAAGCUUGCCAUGGAUGACCGGGACAGCUGUAAAUCCACUCUUUCGGGCUGCUUUUCUUGCGAAGACUGGAAAGCAGAAUGUUACCCUUCUAGUGCCUUGGUUGUCCAAGAAUGAUCAACAACAGGUUUACCCUAAUCGUAUGACUUUCGAUUCUCCCGAGGAUCAAGAGAGUUAUGUGCGUGACUGGGUGGAAGCUCGUGUUGGAUUCAAGUCUGACUUCAAGAUCGCAUUUUAUCCUGGGAAGUUUUCAGUUGAGAAACGAAGUAUCUUAGCAGCGGGCGAUAUUUCUGAGUUCAUUCCAAAUGAGGAAGCGGAUGUUGCUGUGCUCGAGGAACCCGAACAUUUAACCUGGUAUUAUCAUGGGAAACGCUGGACAGACAAGUUUCAGCAUGUCGUUGGAAUCGUUCACACUAAUUACUUGGAGUACGUGAAGAGAGAGAAAAAUGGAGCAGUCCAAGCCUUUUUUCUGGAGCAUAUCAACAACUGGAUGGUUCGUGCGUAUUGCAACAAGGUACUGCGACUCUCAGCAGCUACUCAAGAAUUGCCCAAAUCCUCGGUUAUGAAUGUCCAUGGGGUUGGCCCGAGAUUCCUGGAGACAGGCAAGCGACUGGCAAGUGAAGCUCCAGACGGGAAGCCUACAUUCUCGAAGGGUGCCUAUUACUUGGGAAAAAUGAUUUGGGGGAAGGGAUACAGGGAACUUGUUGAUCUUUUUGUGGACAACAAAGAUCUGCUGUCCAAUGUGGAACUCGACGUCUUUGGAAGCGGUGAAGACUCUCAUGAAGUCCAUGCCGAGGCUCAACAGAAUGGUCUACGCAUGAAAUUUUAUCAGGGGCGAGACCAUGGCGACAAAUCACUCCAUGAUUACAAGAUUUUCAUAAAUCCAAGUUUGAGCGAUGUUGUAUGCACCACUACCGCAGAGGCUCUAGCGAUGGGCAAAAUAGUGGUGUGUGCAGACCACCCGUCCAACGACUUCUUCCGAUCCUUUCCCAACUGCUACAUUUAUCGGACACCUGAAGAGUUUGUCGAGAAGGUUCAGCAAGCUAUGUCCUCUGAGCCAGAGCCUCUGUCUCCUGAGCUUCAACAUCUCUUAUCAUGGGAAGCUGCCACAGACCGGUUCAUCGACUCAGCUGGUAUUAACAAGCUGCCACCCAAGGGUGCCAAGAAGUCAAGACCGAAGGAACCAGUUUUGUUGAGUGAGGGAGUGGAGCAGAAGACAAUGACAUUAUCUACAUCGACACCAGAUCUUGCUGGUAUUGUGGAUAAGGGUCUCUACGUCUCCCACUACUUGCUGGCUGGCAUUGACCCAUGGCGGAGCUUGAUGGGAGCACUUCCAGAGACAAAGCAUAUUGAUGCUCAACAUUGUAAGGAUCUAGGGUUGCCACCUCCUCAUGUACAAAGGCCUGUGUAUGGCUGGUAAAGAACAGAUUGAAACAUAUUCCUGUCUGAAUCCGCUACACGAAGGGAAAGGAUUGGUGGUAAUUGCUAAAGCUUUCACUGCAAAAUCGGAGAGGAGGUUGGGACAAAGAACCGGGGUUUGGUCACAUUCGAACGCGACGAAGCCAGAUGGUUUUCUAACGCAUCAUGGGAAAAGACUUCCUUUGUCGGUUGUAAUUUUGCUGCGCCUUCAUAGAACUGCUACGGGACUAUACAUAACAAAUCGAGUGUAUGGUAUGAAGAGCGACAGGGUUGUUAUGUGUGCAAUAUUCUUUUGGUAGUAGCUACGGGACGGAUUUGGAACGGAAAAGAGAGCAGUGGUGUUCUGCAAAACCAGGUUCAAAUCCACUGCCCCGGAGAUUGUACAUUAUCAAUUUUCUUGAUAGUCUCCAAUUUUCAUGUUUUGUAAGUCAAUUUCAUGCCCCACUGUUGGGUGAUGGCUUAUUUUUUCCGACAUGAUUAGAUUUCUGCACUGUGCUCAAUCGAUAUAAUACUUUUCAA